AUUGGUAUAUAUAUGCCUCUCUCGCCAUCACAAACCAACAGAGAGUCUUCAGAUUGCAGACUUAACGAAACAUUUCUGGAAGAGAACGCACCACAGUGAUGGGUAAUAUAAAGUUGACGAGUCCCGUGGUUCUGCUGUGGCUGGCGUUAUUCAUCGGCGGUGGAGCCUGUACAAGUAUGUCACCAAGGUGCAAGAACCUGCUUGAUGUUGUUGCCGUUGUCGACGGCUCCGACAGUAUCGAUGAUGCCGAUUUCCGCAAACUGAAGAAGGCCGUAAUACAGAUAUCGGAUGCUCUCGACCUGAGUGAGACAGGAACGAUGUUUGGAGCUGUUGUGUACAGUUCAACUGUUUCUGAAACAGCAGCACUCAGCAGCAAUAGUGCUGCCCUGAGGUCAGAGAUCUCCCAGUUUGGCCACCCCAAGGACGGGACAGCAACCCAUCUCGGUAUUCGGAGGAUGACUGACAUGAUGCAGAAUCAGGGCCGUGCUGAUGUUCCCAAGGUCGGCAUCGUCAUCACCGAUGGGCGAUCUAAGAACCCGGCAGCAACCCAAACUGCUGCAGCUGCCGCCAGAAAAGCAGGGCUCAACAUGUUUGCUGUCGGGGUCGGAUUUUCCAUCAACACAACAGAACUUAACGGUAUCGCCUCCUCCCUGGGAAAUGUCUUGAAGCUGAAUGACUUUGAUGAACUUCUUGACAAUGUUUUAGCCCUGGUCCAGAGAGUGUGCAGAGUUGACGGAAACUGGUCUGAGUGGACAGUUACAAUCGGAGAUUGUUCAGCGUCGUGUGGAGGAGGAUCUAGAACCAUCUCCAGGACCAGGACCUGCACCAACCCUGCUCCCAGCAACGGUGGAGAGGACUGUGUAGGAGAGUCGAAAGAGGAGGAUUCAGAAGAGUGCAACUCUGAUGGAUGUCCAGUAAAUGGAAGCUGGUCUGUGUGGACGGUUCUAACCGGAGAUUGUUCAGCGUCGUGUGGAGGAGGAUCUCAAACCAUCACCAGGACGAGGACCUGCACCAACCCUGCUCCCAGCAACGGUGGAGAGGACUGUGUGGGGCCCGCGACCAAGGUCACUAACAAAACCUGCAAUAUUGGUGGAUGUCCAGUACACGGAAGCUGGAGUGAAUGGGUUGAAUCUACAUCCACGUGCUCAGCAUCUUGUGGAGGAGGAUCUCAAACCAUCACCAGGACGAGGACCUGCAACAACCCUGCUCCCAGCAACGGUGGAGAGGACUGUGUAGGAGAGUCGAAAGAGGAGGAUUCAGAAGAGUGCAACUCUGGUGGAUGUCCAGUAAAUGGAAGCUGGUCUGUGUGGACGGUUCUAACCGGAGAUUGUUCAGCGUCGUGUGGAGGAGGAUCUCAAACCAUCACCAGGACGAGGACCUGCACCAACCCUGCUCCAAGCAACGGCGGAGCGGACUGUGUAGGAGAGUCAACCCAGAGUUCUACAUCGAGCUGUAACGCUGAUGAAUGUCAAGUGGACCUGUGUGACGGCUGCCUGUAUGCCAAUGGUAUCGGGUAUAUGCCCUACCCCUCUGACUGCUCUAGGUACGUUCAGUGUUGGGAGGAAGGCUCCCAGCCCAUCGUCAGGCCGUGUGCCCCCGGGACGCUCUGGGACCAGACCGACCUCACCUGUAAACUUGCUAGUGCUGUUUCAUGCGGUUCCCCAUCUCCAGCACCAACAACAGCCGCCCCUAGUGCUUGUAAUGGAAAGAGGGAGGUUGCCGGCAACAAGGCUGUGUACCAGCUGUAUGUCAAUGGUCACGGGUGGUUGAACAGGCCAUGCCCUUCUGGAACCGAGUUUAAAGCCGCCCUGUGUCGCUGUGACACUUCAUAUGUACAUAUUCCUGUCAAUGGAGGCUGGGCUCUGUGGACGGAUGCAGUGACCGUAUGUUCUGCAUCCUGUGGAGGAGGAUCUAGAACCAUCUCCAGGACCAGGACCUGCACCAACCCACCUCCCCAACAUGGAGGACAGUCGUGUGUAGGAGCAACGUCGGCGACGUACACAGAAUCUUGCAGUACUAGCCACUGCCCAGUGCACGGAGGAUGGUCAGAGUGGGCGUCGACGGCUACCCCGUGUUCAGCAACUUGUGGGGGUGGCUCGAGGUCGGUGUCCCGGGGUCGCACCUGCACUAACCCUACUCCUGCCUAUGGUGGGGGGUACUGCGCAGGGUCUGCCAGUGAUGUGACGUCCCAAGUCUGCAAUACAGAACCAUGCCCAGAGUCCACAACAUCAGCAGCUAGUUCCGAUUGUCGGGAGGUUGUCGGGAACACGGCUGUGUACGAACAGUUCGUAAGUGGUCACGGUUGGAUGGAGAGACCAUGUCCUACUGGAACAGAGUUUCGUGUCGCCGGAUGUCGAUGUAUCGCGUCAAACGUCUCUGUCGUCCCCGCCGUCACAACCACAUCUGCGUCUGCUACCGCAGUGUGCCAACCGGAAGUGUACCUCCCUUGCAACGAUGACCUCAGCGACUACUCCGGACGUUACACCUACAUCCAGAACGAAGGCGUCACCAUCAAUGACGGUGCUGCCUCCUUCUCUCGCGACUCUGGACUCCGCAUCCCUCGUUUCUCUAACGUCGACAUCGGCAGCACGCUCGUCAUAUCUUUCUCUCUGCGGAGGGGCGAAAACACCGACAGACCACAGGCUAUCGUCAGCAAUGCCGACUGUGGUCGACAGGGGUCCAUCUACAUCAUUCAGACAUCGUCGACGGUGGAAUUCAUUUUGAGGAACAAGAAUGAGGCGGAAUGUACGCUCUCUUUGCCCUACGAAACCGUCGUGGGUUACAGGAGCCGGUCUAUGACUAACUGUAGACUGACAUUGUACGGCGGUAACAUGACGGCCAAGGUUGGAAGCAAGACUAAAAACAUUUCCUGUCCAGGUGACAUUGCCAAGAGCCAGUGCGCCAUGCAGGUGGGGCGGGGCACAGGCUAUGACAACUUUACAGGAGAAAUUGACGAGUUCACGGUGUCCAUGUGCCGCUCUGACGUCAUCGAGGCCUAGUCACGAGGCCGUCUCAGCAUGCGAACCCAGCGCGCUUUCAACACGAGCCAUGCCAGGAAUGGCCAAUUUUAUCUUAUAAGCAUUUUUAUAUAAAUGACAUUUAAAUUAUGACGUAUGGAUGAGUGUGUGAAUGUAAAGAAACGUUUUGUAUAAGAGCAUAUCAGGAUGUCACGACGUGUAGUUUACCUAAUAGAUCAGUUCGGUAUAUCCGUAGUGCGUUAUUCGAUUGAACAGUAACGUUUGCUUUCACUGCUGAGGUUCUUACGUCGAGAUUGGUAUUGUCGAGAUUUACCGGUGUCCGACUUGGUUGUUGGUUGGUUGGUUGGUUGUUUAACGCCGCACUCAGCAAUAUUACAGCUAUAUGACGGCGGUCUGUAAAAUCAUGAGCAUCGAUCCACGCAAUUGGGAUCGAUGACAUGCAUCAACCAAGUCAGCGAGCCUGACCACCCGAUCCCGUUAGUCGCCUUUUACGACAAGCAUAGUCGCCUUUUACGGCAAGCAUGGGUUGCUGAAGACCUAUUCUAGCCCGGAUCUUCACGGGUCCCGACUUAGUCACAUCAGAAGGAUGAAAUGUCAAACACUAGUAGUGCAUUGCAAAAUUAAAGAUGUCACGGAUAACGUCAUGUGGCGUCGUUCCUAAAACAGAAUGUCUGAGCUUGCGUUCCUGGAUGUGUGUAUCUGCAUCAGUAUGUAACUUCUCUUGUGUAAAUGGUUCCAUAGGAUUAAAGAAUUGUGAUUGUGAUGUGUAAAAGAUGAUGAUUAUUAUGUACUUGAUAAAUAAAAUGCUUUGCAAUUAUA